AUGAAUUAAUAAGACUCUCUUAAAUAACCUCUAAUAUAAGAAUAGGAAUCAAAAACUAUAAUCUUAGGUGAUUGUUCAUUUACAGAAAUGAAUAUGGAUUAAAUUGUUAAUGAUAGUGCUUUUGAAUGGGGUUCUAUGUCAUUUUUAGAAGAAGAUAAUUAAGUAAAGGUAAUACCAUUUGUUACUAAUGAAACUAUAUUUUAUAGAAGGACAUUAGAAAAAAAUAAUAAAAAACUUAAUUUUUUUGAAAAGUGUUUCAAAAGUAAGAAAUCUAUAAAUAAAGUGACAAUGGCUUAAGUCAUUGAUUUAAGAUAAAAAGAUAUUUUUAAAGAUUAUGCUUAUGAAACCAAAAAAACUGGAUUCUUUAAAAGAACUUCUUUUUGUUUUGGGUAAUUAAAUGUACUUGAACCAGAUUCUCAGUUCUACAUAUAUUGGUAGGUUCUAAAUAGCAUUUUAGUAGUUAUUUUCUUCUUUUAAAUUCCAUUUAUGCUUGCCUAUCAACCUCUUAUAGAUGAAAGACUUGCAUACCAUUUCAAAUUCCAUGCAGAAUUAUCAUUGUAUAUAGGAAUUUCUAUUUUUGUCUUGGAUAUUAUUGGGUCUUUCAAUAUAGCUUUUUAUAAAUAAGGAUAGCUUAUAAAUGGAAGAAAAUAGAUUGCCAUUAAUUAUUUAAAGACUUAUUUCUUAUUAGAUUUAAUACCUCUUUUAUGUUUAAUAGAGUUUAGAUUAUUAUUAUUUAAUGAAAGACAAUUAGGAUUUGAACAAUUUUUAUUCCUUUUAAAAAGUUAUGAGGUUAAUAAAACUAGUAAUAUGAUAAAAGAAUAUUUGUAACUUGAACCUUCAAAAUUAGCAAAGUAUCGUCUACUUACUGUAAUGUUGACAAUAAUAUGGUUAUGUCAUUUAUUUGCUUGUUUAUUCUUUUUUGUUGGAAGAAGACAAAAAUAUGGAAAUCCAUCAUGGUUAAAUAGUUGCAAUGUAGUUAUAAUGAAUGGAGGAUAUGAAGAUAUGCCAAUCUUUGAAUUGCAUUUAUAUUCAUUUUAUUGGGCUGUAACAACAAUGAUAACAGUAGGAUAUGGUGAUGUAACUCCGAUGAAUUUUUGGGAAGUUUUUGUAACAGUCAUAACUUAACUAAUCUCUUGUAUUGUUUUUGCCUAUUCUGUCAAUGCUAUUUGGGAAAUGAUUUAUUCCCAAAAUGAAAGUAAAUAAAAAUUUUAGUAUAUUAUUAUUUAUUUCAUUAUAGAAAAUAUGUUAAUGCCAUCUAAAGAUUCAUGGUUGAACAUAAUGUUGAUAGAAAAUUAAAAGCUCGAAUUGAAGCUUAUUUGUUUCAUCUUUGGUAAACUGAAAAGGCCAGAGAUUAUGAAUUAGAAAAAGCUAUGAUUCUCAAAUUAGCACCUGCCUUAAGAGAAGAGUUGAUUUACUAAACAUUAGGAAAAAUGUUAAAACACAAUAAUUCCUUUUCCUGUUUUUCAUAAGAUUUUCUUAUGUAAUUAGCAUAAGAAAUUUAAUAACAAUAUUAUUCCUAAGAAGAAAAUAUUUUCCUUGAAAGAGAAGAAAUCGAUGAUUUCCCAUUAUAUUUUCUAGAUAAAGGAUAAGUAGAAAUCUUUCUUGACAGCGAAAAAAGAAUCAAAUUACAUAUCAUAAAAUCUGGUAUUUUUGGAAUAAUUGGAUUUAUAACAGGACAUAAAAGGACUGCAUCUGCACGUUGUUUGACUUAUUCAGUGAUUUACAAACUAUCUAGAAUAUAAUUUAUUAAUUUAUUAGAUAAAUAUGAACAAGAUAGACAAAAAUUCUAUGAAAUACGUCACAAUGUAUUUUUCAAUAACAAUUAUGAGAAUUUAAAGUUAAGAUGCUAUAUUUGUGAAAGUAGAAGUCAUCUAGCAAUUAACUGUAAAAGAACAUUAUAUCUUCCAAUAAAAAAUGAAAUAAUUUAAUCUUAUUACAAUGUUAAAAAUAAUAGAGAAUCAAGUUUUAAAAGAAGAAUAGUUAAAUAAUAAUUUAAAGCUUUGUCUCAUAUACGAGAAGUUUAAUUGAAUGCAUUGGCUAUAAAAAAGUACUUUUAGAUAACAACAUUUAAUUUGGAUUCAAAUGAUGAGGAUGAUGAAUAUAGUUCUGAUGUAGAUGAUUAUGAAGAAGAAAUAGAAAAUAUAAAAAAGAUAGUUGAAUAAGAGAAAGAAAGAGCAUAAUUAAAAAAGAGAGGAUAAUGGUUGGCUGAUGAUAAUUAUGAGAUGAAAAUAGAUGAAAAUAAAGAUAGUCUAAGUAAUGAAUAAUCAGAUUUGUAAAAGUCUUAAAUAAAUAUAAAGAAUUCUGAAGAGGAAUAGAAUAAAGUGAAAAAAAAAAAGAAAUUUUAGAGUUUUGUAAAGUUACAAUUACCAAAGAAAGUGAGAACUUCAUCAAUGUCUAGUUUAACUCCGAUUAAAGAAUAAAUAAAAAAGGUUGGAAAAGGAUAAAGCAAUCUAUCUCCAAACAUUGCUUAAGUUUAAAGAAGGAAAAGCAAAUUAAUAUAAGGAUAAGAAAGUAAUGAUAAAUAAAUUGAUAAAAUGUUAUCUCCUGAGAAAUUAAUUAACAAUGAUGAUAAGAAAUAAGAAUUAUUGAGAAAAAUGAAAUUUCUUUAAAUAGCUUAACCAAGAAAUAAAGAAGUCCAAUUGAUUAUCGAUGAAUUGAGGUAACUUUACCAAAACUUAAAUUUAGGAACUAUAUCUCUAAUAGUUAAAGUUAUAAUCAGCAAUCUAAAGUUGAAAAUGAAUCCGAUCCUAAUGCUAAUGCUACUUCAGAUCUUGAUAGUUCAUUUAGUAUUGAUCAUUUGGCCAAUUACGAGUGUUUCUUUUAAGAAGAGAACCCUGACAAAGUGAUACGUAAAUAUAAGAGAAUCUUUAAGGAAAAAGUUAAAUAGAGAAGAACAACCUUAAUUAGAUAUUAGGAUGAUUGA